GGUCACGUGUUUCGCUCGAUGCGCUCGGCGCUCGCGGGAGCGCCCGACGGGUGGAGUUCGGCUCCCCCCGGCGGCGGCGAGUGUGUGACCGGAGAGACCCCGUCCCGCGUCCUUCCCGCCGGAGAUAUGUCCACCGCCAUGAAUUUCAGCAGCAAAAGCUUCAAGCCGCGGCCGCCGGAUAAAGGCGCCUUCCCGCUGGAUCACUUCGGGGAGUGCAGCGCCUUCAAGGAGCGGUUCAUGCAGUGUCUCCGCGACAGCGGCUACGAGAGCGGAGCCUGCCGGCAGCACUCCAUGGCCUACCUGGAGUGCCGCAUGGAGAGGCAACUUAUGGCUAACGAACCGCUGGAAAAAUUGGGAUUUAAAGAUCUGAUAGAUGAGAAAUCAGAAGCAAAACCUGAGAAGCUGUGAUGAGGAAAGACACCUUCACUCCUCAUGUAUGGAAAACAUAACUCUUAUGUAGUACAUAUUGUACGUUCUAUGCAAUAGGAAGCGUUUCCUGAAGGAACCUUUUCUCAAAGUUCAGCUCUCUAAGAUAUUUUUAAAUGAGCAAAAGUACUGCCUUUGUCUGCUUCCCUCAAGUAUCUCUUCUCUUGUAAAGAAGGAAACUCUUCUUCUUUUUCCUUUUCAUUUCUCUAGCCUACUCUUAAAGAUCCAUAUAGAUGUUUUGCCUGGGAGAAAGCAAUUACUGCCUGAAGUGUUCUCCAUGUGUCUGUAAAAACAGUGAAGUCUUAUUUUGAAAAGACAACAAUGGUGUAGAUCUUGAACUAUAGAUCGGUCUUACGUGGGCAUUACUGACAUGCUUACAGCAAUGACUUGUCGGUUGGAAAUAAAACUAUUGUGGCACUUGCAAA